AACCUUGGAAACACUUUAGUUCAAAAUUUUCUCGCUUUUUCCAUAAUGCCGCUACAAGCAUUAUUCUUUUUCGUAUUUAAGGUCUUAAAAGAACAGCAACCACAGAUUUGGCAUAGACUUUCUCUUUUUUCCACCUAGAUCGCCUAAACUCAGAUAGGUUAGUGCGUAGAAAAAAAUGAUCAAAAGGAGAAAAUUGAAAUUAUAAUUUAUAAUCUAUGGUUAAUCAUUUGACUGGAGCAAUAUUUGAAAAAAGUAAAAAAUAAGAAACAUUUUAUAUUUCUCUAUGAUUUUGGGGUUGUAAAUUGUAAAUACCAGAGAAAAGGUACAUUAUGUAAAGACUAAGUAGUUUCUAUAUACUUAUUCCAUAGGUUCUCUCCAAGAUUACUCCUAAAAUUUUCAAUUCCUCAAGGGCGAAAUUUAUAAGUGAACUGAAAUUGGUUAAUUUAUUUUGCCUCUAUACUGAUAUUUCCUUUUAGAAACUAUGGAUAAUAUAGAUGAAGUUACAGUUUUAAAAAUCGAGAAGGAAUUGAAGGAAUCGCAGAAAAAAGUCUAUACAUGUACCACAUGUAACUACAAAACACUACGUAAGCACAAUCUUAACAGGCACCAGAAAAAUCACUUGAAUGAACGACAGCUGCUUUCUUGUGAGCACUGUGCCAACAAAUAUAGGUCAAAGGAAGGCUUACAAAACCACCUUUACAAUAAGCAUACUAAUUCCAGGGGGAACGAAUUGAAGGAAUCGCAGAUAAAGGUAUAUAGAUGUUCCAUAUGUGUUUAUCAAACGCCAGUAAAGUACUAUCUUUUCAAUCACAAGAAAAUUCACUUGGCACCGGAAGAAAGACAAAUGUUUGCUUGUGAGCACUGUGGCAACAAGUAUACAUCAAAACGAAGCUUAAUAAGCCACCUUGAUAUAAAUCAUAGUGAUUCCAGUAUUAGGGCGAAGGCAUUGAAGAAAUCGCAGAAAAAGAUCCAUAGAUGUUCCAAAUGUGGCUUCCAAACGCCAUAUCAGGCCAGUCUUCAUAGGCACCAGAAAAUUCACUUGGCACGGGAAAAACGACAGUUGUUUGCUUGUGCGCACUGCGACAACAAAUAUACAACAAAACUAUGGUUACGAUGCCACCUUGAGAAUAAUCAUAUUGAUCUGAGGGCGAAGACAUUUAAGGAAUCGCAGAAAAAGAUCUAUAGAUGUUCCAAAUGUGGCUUCCAAACGCCAUAUCACCCCAAUCUUCAUAGGCACAAGAAAAUUCACUUGGCACGGGAAGAUCGACAGUUGGAGGAAUUGCAGAAAAAGGUCUAUAAAUGUUCCACAUGUAGCUAUCAAACAACAAGUAAGUCCAAUUUUAACAGCCACAAGAAAACUCACUUGGCACCUGAAGAACGACAGAUGUUUGCUUGUCUGCAUUGCGACAAAACAUAUACAAGAAAAGGACGCUUACAAUGCCACCUUCGGAAUAAUCAUAUUGAUUUGAGCUAUCAAACAACAAGUAAGUCCAAUUUUAACAGCCACAAGAAAACUCACUUGGUACCUGAAGAACGACAGAUGUUUGUUUGUCUGCAUUGCGACAAAACAUAUACAAGAAAAGGACGCUUACAAUGCCACCUUCGGAAUAAUCAUAUUGAUUUGAGAAAUUCUGAUUGUACAUCUGUAACUGAUGAAGUGAUGUUAGAUACUUUAAAAAUUGAAAUUGAAGAUUCGGCUCCACUUACGGAUGAGUUUCGAAAUACUGAAUGUCUUUUUGCAACUAAUGAAAUAAAAUCAGAAGAUUUUUUAAAAUUAGAACCUGAUGAUGUCGCUCCGAUUCAGCAUAAAGAUUUGCAGGAUGACUUCAAAAAUGCCGAAAAUUUAUCUGUCGCUAAGAAGGUGAAGUUGGAAGAUUUUAUAAAAAUGGAACCUAACGAUGACUCCCCGUUUCUAGAUGAAGACGCGUUUUUCAAGGACAUUCAAUUUUUUUAAAAAUUUGAAGAAAGGUUGUCGGAUUGAACAAAUGUAAAACAGAAUGGUCGUUUUUUUGCGGUAUAAAUAAAUAUUCCUCUGUCUAAAAGAAAGUAUAUUAUUUAUUCUGCUGAAAUAAAGUUUGAAUUAUAAAUUUUAAGUUUAUUAGAUUUAUCGAGGAUUUAUCAUCAAUGAUCAUCAUUUUGUAACGCUUCAUUUCAAUUUAACCUUACAAAAAUAUUGAUUUAAAUUAGUUUCAGGAUUUUGCUAAUAUCUUGGCAACCUUGGAAACACUAGUUCAAAAUUUUCUCGCUUUUUCCAUAAUGCCGCUACAAGCAUUAUUCUUUUUCGUAUUUAAGGUCUUAAAAGAACAGCAACCACAGAUUUGGCAUAGACUUUCUCUUUUUUCCUCCUAGAUCGCCUAAACUCAGAUAGGUUAGUGCGUAGAAAAAAAUGAUCAAAAGGAGAAAGUUGAAAUCUUAGACAAGGAAAGAGAGGGGUACAGGUAACACAAAGGGUAACACGGUAGCUGAAAGUGAGGCAAGUUGUCACCACACGAAAUUCUCCAAUGGCGUAGCAUCAGAAAUUAGCUUGUACCUGGACGGUACAAAAUAUUUAUUAAAACG